AUGUCCGAUCCAAUUGAGCAGUACCGGAAGCAACAACUGUAUCGUCGAGUAUUUGAAAAGAGAGCGGAAGCUAUUGCAGCUCGACAAGUGAUUUUGUGUCGUAACAAUGCCUUGAGAGAGGAGAUCGAGCGCAACAUGAAAUUCUUCGUGGCGACCUCUUUACAGAGUCGAUAUCGUGGUUGGAAAGGACGUUGCAGAGCAGCAAGAAAGCGAAGACGACACUAUGCUGCUAUCGCUAUCGAACGAAUCAUUCGUGGGUUUCUCGGUCGUCGACGGGCUGCUGAGGAGAAGCGAAAGUUACGGCAAGUGCUUCAUAGUCCUAUCGCACUGAAGUUGUUGCUUGAGAGAUCUACAGUGGUGAGGACGAUCAAGAACUGGCAAGAAUUGCUCGAUCCUCACACGAACGAGUACUUUUACUUCCACAUCUUUACGCAUGAUUCGCAAUGGCUCCCACCGGAGUCUUACCAAGAAUUUCUCGUGUGUAAAUGGCCUGAAUGUAGCUUCAUCGCCAAAACUAUUCAUGAGAUCCAUGAACAUUACAGGACGAUGCACAUCUGGUACUGUCCGGUGUGUAUGAUGAAAGUCUGCACCUCGACAUUCCCGACCUGUCCAAUGUGCAAGAAUAUCUGCAGUCAUAAUGCCGUGACGGGAGAAAUUCUAGGUCCCAGUGAGACUCAAUUGCAAGUUAUGCAACAAGCACAAAAGGCUAAAGAAGAAUUACGUCGACAAAGAGAAGAAGCUCAUCAACAUCGUAUGCAGUACUGGGUGGUAUUAGCUGGACAGCAAGAAAACUCACAUGGCCAAGCCCCAAAGAAGAAGCGAGCGCUUGGAUUUGGUAAACCAAACGGAGCAACACCGUUGGUCUCAAAUACAUCUACACCUACAGAAGACCCAGACGCCACUGCACUCGCUCAUCUUAAGGAUCUGGAUCCGUCGGUUAUGAGCAUUGAGUGGCUUUCGUCCUGGCAUCGGAAAGCUAAACAAGAUCGAAUGUUCGCGAAAGCUUUGCUUCGGUUUGGAAGCCUUUAUGUUGGGGACUUUCACGCAAAUACCAAGAGCUUUGACGGCUUAGGUGAAUUGAUUUAUACCAACGGUGGACGUUAUGUUGGUCAAUGGAAAGAGAAUCAGCGUCACGGCAAAGGAAUUUAUCAAGGUGUCGAUGGUUACGAGUACGCAGGCGACUGGGUAGACGGAACAAAACAUGGAGUGGGGAUUCUGACUUUACCUAGUGGGGAACGCUUUGUCGGUCACUUUGAAAGUGGUAAAUUUCAUGGUACAGGUGUGUUCUGCGCUGCGAACGGAGAUCGAUAUAAAGGUCAAUUUCAAGACAAUCGUCCGAAUGGGUUUGGCAAGUUCAAGAAGGUCACUGGAGAUCGAUACAUCGGUAGCACUGUCGAUGGCCUCGCUUGCGGAGUGGGAACACUUAGCACAGCAGACGGUGAAGUCUACAAAGGUCACUGGGAAAAGGAUUUCCGUCAUGGUAGCGGUGUUUGCUUUUAUCCGAAUGGAGCAGUCUACUCUGGUAGUUGGUGGCGCGGAAGAUGGAGUGGAAAUGGUAUCUACGUUUCCAGCGAGGGUAUUAAAUAUGUUGGUGAGUUCUCGAAAGGAAAACAACACGGAAAAGGGAAAUUGUUCUUCGAUAAUGGCGACGUUUUUGAUGGACAUUUUGUUCACGGUGUGGCAGAAGGAUCAGGCAGGACGAAAGGGACCUAUCGAUUUUUCGAUAGUGGAAAUAUGUACAUUGGCGACUGGGUUGCCAGCAAACGUCAUGGUCACGGUACAUAUACAUUCGUGGGGGGAAGCAGCUACACUGGAAAUUUUAACAACGAUCAUGUUGAAGGUCGGGGUACGAUGACGUACUCGAAUGGAAAUGUAUAUAAAGGCGACUUCAUGAACGCUGAAAAGCACGGUGAAGGUGUCUAUCGAUGGCGAGAUGGAAGUGUAUACAGCGGUCAUUUUGAGCACGGAUUCAUCCGAGGUUUCGGCAAAAUCGUGUACGCUACUGGACAUACUUAUGAAGGACAAUGGUUCGAUAACAAGAAACACGGCAAAGGAAAAUUUAUUUACCGGAAUGGAGAUAUUUAUGACGGUGAAUGGCGCGCUGACCGACGCCAUGGGUAUGGAAUAUUUACGUGGAAUCCUACCACUAUCCAACAAGAGAAGUACGAAGGGCUGUUGGAUGACGAGCGUCGUCAUGGUAAAGGCAAAUAUCAUUAUGCAAACGGUACCAUCUAUGACGGCGACUGGAACUAUGGCAAGCGUGACGGAAUGGGAACUUUCACGUGGCCCUGUGGCGAUGUGUACAGCGGUCAGUUUGUCGACGAAAUGCAGCAUGGAUUUGGGAGCUUCUUUUGUUCUUCGUCUGGUGACACCUAUGAAGGUGAAUGGCUCAUGAAUGUUCGUGAGGGGCAUGGUAAAAUACUGUAUGCUUCAGGAAAAGUGUUUGAAGGUACAUUUCACAAAGGUAGACGUCACGGGGCAGGUGUUAUGACUUACAACAAUGGCAACAGCUAUCACGGUGUUUGGAACAGUGACCUAAAACAAGGUGGAGGAAGAUAUGUGCUUCACAUUGCAAGCAAGGAUGGGGGUAGCGCGAGCAAAGAGGAAGAAAUGCUUAACGUUCGUGUGUUCGGCUACUAGAAAAUAUUAACCUUUGAUUAGUAGGUGUAGUCAUACGGAUCUGUUGUUCCCACUCGGAUCUGGAACUCAUCAAACAGGUUUGCCUCGAGAGAUUCUUGUACCUUUGAAAGAAUUCCAUCGCUGUAUCCACGGA